ACGCAAGAGGAUGCAUCGACUUCUGGAAACCCUAAGCCUUAUCCGUACCAACCAGGCCGUUUCUAGACUAGUCAAUGUCCCAAAACGGCUUAACCUUGUUUUCUGAGAGUAAUCCCAGAGACACCAGACUUGAAGCCAUCGAGCGAUCAACCCAACCCGACUCUUCCUACACUGUAACUACUCGUACCUCGUACAAGCCUCAAGGAAUAACCACUCCACUCAAUUACACGACAACCUCGACCACCUCCUUGUCGCCUUGCUGGUCGACUGGCUUGCCCUUGACACCGACACCCCUAACUAGUUACCUACCUCUGCUACCCGUUCCUGGUCUCUUGGCCCUUUUUCUCAUUCUCGACAUCCCAUCAUAUCCUAAAUUUUUGGCUACAAUUUUACAGAAGUUUUUCUUGCCUCCCUUAACAAUCUUCUUGUCUCUCUUGCUUACGCUGUUCCUACUCUCAAGUGCCGCAUCCUUUUCGCAAACGCAAAAUGUUCAACUGGGCCAAACAACAACUGGCCAACGUCGCCGGCACCCAGGAACCCGAAUACGGUCCGGAGGCAUGCCAACCCGUCGGCAAACAACAAGGUGAUCCGAGCUAUACCGAGUUGAACAGGGCCGACCUCAAGUGGAAGACUAUCGACUGGACCAAUGUCGAGACCCAGACCUUCUACUUCUAUACUGAGGGUGGACAUGUUGGCUUCUUGCAGGUCAUAUAUAGUAAUGUGGCAGGCCUAAGAGUUACUUGCCAGUUCAACUGCAAGAUCUUCUUCCAGAAUAACGAGAAGCCCGCCGUUUGGUCCUCGGACCCGCUCGAGAACUACGGAUUCGAUGAAGAUCAAUACUCAUUCUAUGCCGACGGUGUAUCCCUUGAGCUCUCGGAGGAUGGAAAUUCCUACACUAUCAAAUCUGCUACGAACGACAACAGUUUGGUUAAUGUGAAAGUCACAAAGGCAGCGCCAGGCUUUGUUGGUGGAAAGAAUGGAACCACCACCUAUGGCACGGAUCCUAAGGCACCGUGGGGAUCUAUGUACCAUGCUUUCUGGCCUCGAUGCAAUGUCGAGGGAGCUGUUAUUACGAAAGAGGGAGAGAUUGACCUCAAGGGUCGGGGAACUUUCAUCCACGCCCUUCAGGGAAUGAAGCCGCAUCACGCUGCCGCCCGCUGGAAUUUCUCCAACUUCCAUUCCGCCACGUAUUCGGCCAUCCUCAUGGAAUACACCACACCCGCAUCGUACGGAAACACCCUUGUCCGUGUGGGAGGUAUUGCGACCGAUGGAAAGCUGCUGUUCGCCGGAACUGGCGCAGAGGCCAAACACACGGAGGCCAAGCAGGAUUCUGAUAACGACUGGCCCGAGCCCACUGCCAUCACUUACAACUGGUCCGGAAAGAGCGAGGAUGGGAAGGAUGUUUCUGCAGAAAUAUCUGGCAACGUUAACCGAUGGGAUCGUGUUGACGUUAUGGCGGAAGUCCCCGGAUUCGUAAAGGCCAUCGUUGCCACUGCUGCCGGAACCAAGCCGUAUAUCUACCAGCUCUCGUCCAAGCCUACGAUUGAGGUCAAGGUUGGUGAAGAGACCAAGAAGGAGGAGGGGGUCAUGUUUGCCGAAGCCACCUUCAUCUCAUGAGUAUCAAUUUGGUCUUGUUGCAUAAGUCGAUUGCUCUCCCCUAGCCUUAAUUAGUAGACCUGGCAGGACUGGUGUCUGGAUAACCUAAUGAUUGAAAUGCGUUUAUACCCACCUAUUAAUUAUGAUCCUGUCUCGUCCAUGUUGGUGUCCGAAUCAGAAGUAAUAUUACGCAUGUGACAAUUCUGAGCUGAACACAUGGAUUUCUCUACCUAGUAGCUUCAUGGUGGGGGUUUGGAGAACCUAGAAAUAUAUCAGCAGCUAAACUAAGCUAAGUGAC